CGCUGCUCAAGAAACAAUAUUCAACGGACUGAGACAAACCAUGAUUGCUAUUGACUGAGUGGAGCUAGUUGAUCUCAUUCCCUUGUUCUCAUGUUCUUCAUAGCUGAAGUCCAUACUAUAAUAUUCAGGUUUUUGCGGAAUAUAUGUACAGCUACUACGAUCUGUUAACUUCUCGUAAACAUCAAAUGUCUACCCUUAAUCUGGCAUCCCAGUACCGCAUCCUCAGUCCACUUGUACGAGCUGCCUGGCGAAAAUGUCGCUAUCCCACCUUGCUUCCGAACUUGAAUAUCAAGAGGCCGACGGUCUUUCUCCCGUUCAUAACUAUCACAUAUGCGCCUUUACUGGAAUACGACUACAACUUUCACAAGUCCAACAGUACAUAUAUCACGGACUUGGACGCUAGCCGUUCUAACCUUCUCUCCUGUUUAUGUUUCCAGGGACUUUGGGCCCUAGACCACGAUCUUACAGUCGAGGGUAAACGUGGCAUGAUAGCGGCUAUAAUCGGGUCGGUUACAAUGAGCUUUAAAAAGAGACUCGGAUUUUCCAGCAGUAUGAGGUGUGGUCCCGGAUUCUGACCUGGGAUCAGAAGUGGCUGUACAUUGUGACGCACUUUGUUCAGAAAGGAAGUGUAAGCCCCAGGGGGCUGCCAUGGACAAGUUGUCUAGGGGUCAGAGUUCCGAGAAUAUCGCUAGCUCGGGCAAUGUGAGCGGAGGAAGAGUCAAUCCAGGUCAGCCGGUUGUUUUCGCAACAGCUGUGUCGAAAUACGUCGUCAAGAAAGGGAGAUUUACUGUACCCCCGAGCGACUUUUGCGAGCCUCUGGUCUUCUAGGUGACGGUAUCAGUCAUGAUCCAGGUAUGGAGGUGAAGGAUAUGGAAGUCCCCGAGUGUCAGAAGGAUCAUGUAAAUGGUUCAGAUGUUCGUGAUAUUAUUGAGAAAGAGCGGCUUAAGGGCCUGAAAUAUGCCGAAUCGUGGGUCGAGUUAGAGUCCCUCCAUGAUGCAUUCCUGGGUGAAGGGGAAGCUACUAAUGGUGUUGUAGCUAUGGGUGGACUCAAUGAUAUUGCCGGUGGCGGAUUCUCAUUCCCUUAGCGCUUAGGUAGUUAUACGUAUAUAUACUUGUUAUCAUUAUUUUUAUCAGACAGAUUAUAGAGAGUGGGAGGUUAAC